CGCAGAAAUAUCUGCCCUUCAACCGUCGACCCUCAAGGUCACUCCCGCCCUCAACUCAUCACUUCCUCUCUGCUUCUCUUCCCCAUCCCCUGCCAUCCGAAGCUCUCGCCGUCCAGUUAGUGUGUAGCAGCCAUGCCUGCGCUUCUCGUGAACACCAUCUCGGUCUCCCCCGCCGGUCCAAAGCUAUUGCCCACCACGGCACGGCGAGCUAGCAGGAGUCGCUACAGGUGCCGAGCGGAAGCAUCCGGCAGCGGCGGCGGCGGCAGCAGCACCAACGGCGACGGGUACAAGCCGGGUGGCGUCCGCGGUUCGUGGGUCUCGGACUACGACCUGUACGAGCUGCUGGGCGUGGAGCGGUCCUCGCCGCAGUCGGAGAUCAAGGCGGCGUACCGGUCGCUGCAGAAGCGGUGCCACCCGGACGUGGCCGGCGCCGCCGAUGGCCACGACAUGGCCAUCGUCCUCAACGAGGUGUACGCGCUGCUCUCCGACCCGGCCGCGCGCCUCGCCUACGACCAGGAGCAGGCGCGCCGCUCCGAGUUCGCCGGCUACACGGGCCGCCCGCUCUAUUCCUCCUGGCUCGGCGCCGACGCCGAGCGCCGCGCCGUCUUCGUCGACGAGGUCCGCUGCGUCGGCUGCCUCAAGUGCGCGCUCCACGCGUCCAGGACCUUCGCCGUCGAGUCCGUCUACGGCCGCGCCCGCGUCGUCGCGCAGUGGGCCGACGACGAGGACAAGAUCACCGACGCCAUCAGCACCUGCCCUGUCGACUGCAUCUCGAUGGUCGAGAGGUCGGACCUGGCGGCUCUCGAGUUCCUCAUGUCCAAGCAGCCGCGCGGCAGAGUCCGCGUCUCCGAAGGCAACGCCGUGGGAGCGCGCGCGCCAAAUAUCUUCAACGAGGUCGCCAAGUUCCAGAAGAGAUUCGAGGAGAUGAAGCAGAAAUCUGCAACAAGAGAAUCCCAGGAGUCGGAGACAGUCAAGCAGUCGAGGACUUCAGCAGUUCACACCAUCAGAUCCAUGUCAAACUGGUGGUACUGGCGCCCAUUCGGGUCAUCGGCGCCGGCCACCAUCGUCCUCGCUUCGCGCCUCCUGCCGCCGCCGCCGGCGGCGGCGGCGGCUAAAGCCGCUGACCCCGUGGCGGACAGACUCCAAGAAGCCGUCGCCGCCCGGCGCAAGACGGAAGGCGCGACGACCGCGACCGCGGCGCACGCCCGCCGCGACGACUACUGGACCCCGCAGCUGAACCUGCCGUCGUCUGCUUCCCCGCCGAGCAUUCACCAGCGGGGAAGGGACGCACCGCGAGGCCACAACCGCGGGCAACGGACCGCCGCCGGUGAUGAAGCGGCCGCCGGGUCCGGGAGGAAGGGUGUGAGCAUCGACCUGACGGUGCCGUUGCUGAUGGGGAUCAUCGCGGCGGGGUUUGUGGGUUACAACGGGCAGGAGAUGGCCGGAGGCGCCGGCAGCGGCAUUCGGGAGCACUUUGGCGGCGCCGUUGCUCUUGGGAUCGUGAACAGCUUCGAAAUGAAGGUCAUGUUGGCCGGGGUAACUUGGUUCAUCAUCGGCGCUGCCAUUGCCGGUGUGAUCCAGGUGCUUGGAAGAAGCGAACAGGACAUCUGGAAAUGAAGGUGCUUGUGGAAUUGAUGUGUAUAUAUCUAGGAUAGUGAAGAAUCGAGCAUACAGAAUUAUCAACCGAUGUAUUCGGAUGUAUAAAAUGAUUAGCAUAAACUAGAUUUCCAAAACUGAACGAGCUCUGGCGAUUGGACC